GCUGGGCUCCCGAGGCAGCUGACGCCCGGCAGCGCCGUGGCCAGGGCGGGCUCCAGGCAGCCGCCUUCCAGGCAGGUGCACGGGGCGGCCGUCAGUCCGUGAGCCCUGGGGGCGUUUCCGCAGCGGCGGCACUUCUGCGGCAGCCUCUCUCUCUCUCUUCCGCCGCUGGCUGGGGCGGCAAGUCGGCGCGCUGCUUGGGGCGGCAAAAAGGGUAGAGCCGGCCCUGGCUGGGGCUGUCAGUAACCGCGCAGCCGCGUGCGCUUUCCCGGUAUGUUCGUUUCACACCCCCACCCCCCGUUGUGCAAACCCCGGUCCGGGCGUUGUUAGGGCCGGUGACCGUGCGGAGCAGCCUGCAGGCCAUCCGCGGAGACCGAGUCGCCACGUGCUGUGAGGGCGGCUGCUGGUUCCUGGGCGGCGGGGGUGGAGCGGGGCUUUUUUCAUCGGACUGAUGACGGGCAUCGAAGUGAGUUUGGGGAGGAGGGGUUUCUUUUAUUUUAUUAUUUUUUUUUCACUGAAGUGCCUUUUCCUAAAGGGACAUGAGCGAAAACACCCCCGAGCAACGACUCCUCCUCCUCCUAGCGAACUGAAGCGAGCUCGUGGUGUUCGGGUUGUCAGGGAGCCCGUGAUGGUUCAAAUGUGCACGCAGUAUGACAGAUGACCUAUUGAAAUAAUUUCAGAGCCGUGCUGUGGUUGCUACGACAACCACUGCUCUCUUGGCUUUCAUCUGGCCAUGUGACAGUGACUUUGACGUCAGCUGGAGGCAGAGUCUGUGGUUUAGUCCACACAGCCAAAGGCUUGUGAGAAUCUAGUGGAUGCUGGACUUAUCCCCCUUGCUGCUGCUGCUGUUUCCCAGGGGCUGCCAGGGCAUGGACUACUAACGCCUUGCAUUUCUAAAAUCAGAUAAAAAUUUUUUGACACCAAGAUGGGAAAACAGAACAGCAAACUACGUCCUGAGGUCAUGCAAGAUUUGCUAGAAAGUACAGACUUUACAGAACAUGAGAUCCAGGAGUGGUACAAAGGCUUCUUGAGAGACUGUCCAAGUGGACAUUUAUCUAUGGAGGAGUUUAAGAAAAUAUAUGGGAACUUUUUUCCUUAUGGGGACGCUUCUAAAUUUGCGGAACAUGUAUUCCGCACUUUCGAUGCUAACGGCGAUGGAACAAUAGACUUUAGAGAAUUUAUCAUAGCCUUGAGUGUAACAUCUAGAGGUAAACUGGAGCAAAAGCUGAAGUGGGCAUUCAGCAUGUAUGAUCUGGAUGGAAAUGGAUACAUCAGUAAGUCAGAAAUGCUGGAGAUAGUGCAGGCAAUCUAUAAGAUGGUUUCUUCGGUAAUGAAGAUGCCAGAAGAUGAGUCAACACCAGAGAAAAGAACAGAGAAAAUCUUCCGUCAGAUGGACACCAAUCGAGAUGGCAAACUCUCUUUGGAAGAGUUCAUCCGAGGAGCCAAGAGUGAUCCAUCCAUAGUCCGUCUUCUUCAGUGUGAUCCUAGCAGUGCAGGGCAAUUCUAAAACAGUUCUUUGGAUGAAUUGUGUAUCUGCUUUUUGUUUUUUGUUUUUUUGCCAAACAACGUUCAUGGUGGUGUUGCCUCUGUAUGACCAGUUAUGCCUUCUUUUGUGGCAUCUUUUAGCUUCUUUUGUUGUGGAUUAAUUAUAAGAAUGCUGAAUGCUCUUAAUAGUUUGUCCAGAACACAGACAGAAUACUGUUUUAAAUGGACAUUGUGGUGUUAACUUGUUUAGAAGAUUUUAUUUUGUUCAAUUUGUCUGUUCUCAAAAGUAAACCACAAGAAGGAAGAAACCUUCAGCAACACAUUAUUGCCACAUUUAGAAUGCUGCUUUAAUAGUUGAAAAUUCACCCGCAGGAUCUGAAGCACAAUAGUGGUUGAAGUGCAAAGUGUUACAACAGGUGCAGUAUUUGAUUUGUACAGUCUUUUUUUAUCCAGCAGGCACAAGAGAAACUACAAAACAGUAUGAGUAAGAAGUGUUAAUACAAUAAGUUAGCAAAUUCUAGCCUACUUCAGUCUCCCUACAAUGCCACAUUGUUUCAAUACUGUGAAAGUUUUUAAAGUGCAUUGAGAAGUGGGGGAGGGAAUGAUCAGCUGUUUUUUUUAACAGGCUUAUGCUGGUUGAUUUAACAUGUGUUUGAUUUCCAGAUAAAACCAAUUUAUAAUUCUAAUUAAAACAAAAAACCAGGUGGAUGUUACCUGUUGCCAUUUAGAAUUAGUAAGUGUAGUUGUGUAUAUGACAAACUGGGUAUUGAACACAAAUUUAAGCGAGAUGUGUGUUGAAUGAGAGAUUUUCAGAUUAGUAAUAAAGCAGUUUCUACUGCAGGAGACUGGGAGUUGAGCUCAGAAAUAACAAUUGUGCAACCUUAAGCAGCUGACACUGAGACAUGUCCACUGUCAUGAAUGUUCUUGUCUAGAUUGGACUGCUUGCUCUCUAUCUCUCUCUCUCCACAUAGAUAAUGCGGUUCCUGUGUCUGCUUCUAAAGGUUGGAGAGCUAUCACAAACUGUUUUAAAGCUAGAAUUGUAGAAUUCAUACUUCAUUUACUUUAGUGGGGUUGAAAGAUCUGUACUGAAACAAGGAAAUGGUACGCUUAAUGAUAUAUAUAUAUAUAUAAAUGUUUAAAAAAAUUAGAUGUAAGAGAAAACUGUUGAAUGUUUAUCUUUUCACUUGGAUGCAAAAGGAUUUCUGAACCUUGCUGCUGCAAAAUUCUUUCAUUUGGUCAGGGUCACUAUAUUCCAAGCAGUGUGUACGUUUGGGAUCUCUUAAGGAAUUUGCAAGCACUGCUUUGGCAAAAAAGCUUAGCAAUGGGAGGUAUUAUGCUGACCAAGUUUGAGAUAACCUGUCAUUUGUUGAGUCUGCUUUGUGAUACGGUAGGUGAUAUAUCACUGCAGUCACUGCCCAAUAUCAGGAACUUAUGAGACUGCUAUAGUAUAAUCAUUGUGUGAGGGGCAAGGUUGAUAUUCUAUUAAGUGACCUUGUAACGCUAAACCCCAACUAGCCUUAAUUUAAAAUAAACUGAGUAAAAUAGGUUAGAUCUGCUGCUGCAGACUAGUUAAAUGCUGAUUAGCCAUCAGGUAAAAGCAGUAGAAUAUAUUAAGAAGUUUUUGCUUAUCACUAGCUAGGAGAACAUAUGUACAGUAAUUUAGGAAGGAAAAAGAUCCUUGACUUAAUUCUCAAUACCAUUUUGUUCUGUCAUGCUUAACAUAUGGUGCACAGUGAAAAUUAAUUAUAGAUAACAUAGUUAAUCAGUUCUUUCAAAUUUACUAUAAGUGGCAAAGCAAUCCUGAAUAAAAGGUCAUCAGGCCCAUUUCUUUGUCUCAGAUGACCUAAAGGGCUUAUCCAGAAUCAAUUUCAAUUUAAAGUGGUUACAGAAAUGCCAUUGAUGUAAUUCUCCUGCUAAAUGAGCUAAAAGACUAGACAGAGUUGUGUGUGAGAGACAGACAGAGGAACACACAAGUGCAGGUUCAAUACAUAACUUUUUUAGCUUUUGGCAUAGUCACUGGAAAUACUACAGUGAAAUUUUCUGGUUGGCUGAAAUGGUUUUUGCCUAUUUCCCAUCCCUGUCUUAUCCACACCCCAUUGGAGAUACUAUGCACAAAAUAGAACCUUUAAAGCACUUGUGCUCUUCGAGAUAAUUUUUUGUGUUUGCCAGUAAUAGACCUCAGAAAGACCUUGGCCCUAGAAGAAAUCUGCAGAGAUCUCCUCAUGCUGAGUCAAGGGUCAGUUCUCUCCUUAUUUUCUGGAGGGUCAUUUUUCAUUUGGACAAAUCUGGCUAGAUCCUUGGUUGUUGUAAAUUGCUGCAUUAAGGUGAAUGGAUCUACACUGAUAUAUACCCACUAAGGAUCUGCUCCUUAAUCAAACAUAAGCAAUCAGUGUCACUAUAUUAAAGCCCUUCUUUGGGUCACUUCAUCACAUCCACUACGUAGGAAAAUAAAUUGGAAUAUAAAUUUUCUUAGAAAUCUGAAUACAUAUUGAAAAAUUCCAAUCCCAGAUAUCAUUGCAGGCUUGUGGAUCAAAAGCAGACAAGCUAGAAAAAUUGACGUUUAUUAAAGUUGAAGUAAAGUAUGCAAAGUGGAUAGCUCCUACAAUUAAUUUGUUUCUAAUACAGUGAAAGCAGUUGCAUGUGACUGAAACUAUUAAAAUUUUGCCUUUUUUUAA